UUGGUCGAACCCUGAGUUUGAUUGUCACCGAAUCCAUUUAUACCCACAAAUAAAAAAAAAGAACACACUUAUCUUGUUGGCCGGUUCUACCUGGUUCUGACGUUCUGUAAACAUCCAAAAGUUGCAACUUUACAAGUUUUGAUUUUGACUCUAAUCCUAAACACAAGUCCCGCUUUCCACCACACAAAACUCAAGUGAAGGAGGAUCAAGCUUCAAUUUUUCAUCUGGAUUUUGAAUGGUCGCGAUGAUUAUAAAAGGACUGUUUAGAAGGUAUGAGCGAUGGAAUCCUGUUCAUCCAACCUACGGUGCCUUUUGGGGAAUGGGUGUUGGAAUCGGCUGUGGUGUCGGCUGGGGUCCGGGUUUUGGACCCGAGGUGAUUGGUUAUGUUGGAGCUGGAUGUGGUGUUGGAUUUAGCGUUGGUAUUACAUUAGCCGGUGUUGGCAUUGGCCUUCCUGCAAAUUUUGUCACAGAUGUUCCUUAUAAAGGAUAUGAGUGGAGUAACAACAUUUCAUCGCAGUUUUUGACCUUGCAACAAAAAGCGAAUGAAAGCUUUUCUUACUUGAAGGACUUGGAUUUGAUGAAAAAAGGGACGGACGUUUUUGAUGUGAAAAGUGCGCUAUGCUCACAGGGAAAGUUAAUCUCUGAGAAUUUCAGAAUUUUGAAGAAAAAUCUUUCAAUAUCUUCUAAAGAGAACAAAGACUGAUUCUUGUGAGCAUCGGCCAGCGCUAUGAUGAGCAAAUUCUUCAUAUUCAAAACAUAUCGGCUUUUGGCAUGAAGGCGUCACAACCUCAAAUGUUGAAGAACGAUGAAGCUCGAAUGUAAACCAUGCCCGUAACAUCUAGCAUGUAUGUAUCGGAGCCUGACUGGCUGAGGGCCGACACAUACGAAAAUGUGGCGAGGGUGUAUUGUGUUUUGGUAUCAACUUCAACGGUGAGGUUGUAAAUUAAGUCGAUUCAUCUCCAAUUCAAAUGAUAGACUUUUUAAUGUAUUCGUUGAGGUGUAGUGCAGCGUUCUUUUCAUUUCUA